GCCCCGCGCCCCGUGAGCUGGGACCGGCCGCGCCCCCGGGCGCUCCCCGGCAUGGAGGCCUUCGGGGGCGAGGAGGAGCCCUGGUACGGCCAGCAGGACCUGGAGCAAGACCUGCACCUGGCAGCCGAGCUGGGGAAGACCCUCCUGGAACGGAACAAGGAGCUGGAGGACUCGCUGCAGCAGAUGUAUGCCACCAAUGAAGAACAGGUGCAGGAGAUAGAGUAUCUGACCAAGCAGCUGGACACGCUGAGACACAUGAAUGAGCAGCACGCCAAGGUAUACGAGCAGCUGGACCUGACCGCCCGGGACCUGGAGCUGGCCAACCAGAGGCUGGUGAUGGAGAGCAAGACCGCCCAGCAGAAGAUCCAUGGGCUGACAGACACGGUGGAGGGACUGCAGAGCCAGGUGGAAGGGCUGCAGGCCCAGGUGGAAGAGCUGAGGAGCCUGGAGCAGCUGCGGGUGAGGCGGGAGAAGCGGGAACGUCGGAGGACCAUCCACACCUUUCCCUGCCUCAAGGAGCUGUGCUCCAGUCCCCGGUACGAAGACGCCUUCCGGCUGUACGGCUCGUCGGUGGAUCUGAGCGCCCGGCCCCUGGAGCGGGAGAACGAGCGUCUGCAGGCCCUGGUCGGCUCCCUGCGGGGCCAGGUGGGGCAGGAGAAGCAGCGCACGGAGCAGGUGGAGCGGGAGUAUGCGGCCGUGCUGCAGGAGUGUGCGGCGCUGGAGCAGCGGGCCGGCCAGGCCGAGGGCUGCCGCCUGCGCGUGCAGGAGCUGGAGCUGGAGCUGCUGGAGCUGCAGCAGAUGAAGCAGGUGCGCAGGUACCUGCUGAGCCGCGAAGACAGCCUGGCCGAGGCCCUGCUGGAGCCCCUGGCCAGCGCCCCCGAGGCCGAUGACCCCGACCCCGGCCGGGAGGGGGGCGCCGGGGACGGGGGCGCCGGCCUCUCCCCGGCCGCCUCCCCGGGCCCCGCCGCCGCCGCCGUGCGCAAGAGCUGCAGCGACACGGCCCUGAGCGCCCUGGUGGCCCGGGACCCGGCCGGCCGGCUGGCGGGCAGCCUGACCUUGCACGCCCAGGGCGUGCGCAGGCGCGGCAUGUCCAUUCUGCGCGAGGUGGACGAGCAGUACCACGCCCUGCUGGACAAGUACGAGGAGCUGCUGGCCAAGUGCCGGCAGCACAAGGACGGCGUGCGGCACGCCGGCGUCCAGACCUCCCGCCCCGUGUCCCGCGACGGCUCCUGCCGCGAUUUCCGCGGGGCCGAGGAGGUGGCGGCGGCGGCCGAGCGGGCCCUGAGCCAGCACGUGGAAGCCGUGGACCGGCGCCUGGAGCAGAGUCAGCCCGAGUACAAGGCCCUCUUCCAGGAGAUCUUCUCUCGCAUCCAGAAGACCAAGGCUGAUAUCAACGCCGCCAAGGCCCAGACCCAGAGCGCCCAGUGAGCCCGCAUUGGCCUCGACUCCGCGUACUGGGACUCCUUGCCGCCCUGGGGAAGGUGUGGCCGGCCUGGAGACUCCAGGAAAAGGAGAAAACGGCGGGCCCCCCGGUGGGAGCGGCCCCCCUCCUCAGAGUGAUCUGCGGCCGGGGGCCCCCCCAGCUCCUUCCAGCCCUUUUCCCUGCCUUUGGGCUCAUCCAGUCCGGAGCCCUCCUCGCCCUGUGUGGUCGGGACUUGGACCGGCGAGACCACCUUCCACCGGAAACAUCUGGAGGGGCGAGGGUGGGGAUGCCGGCCUGGCACACCGCCUCCCCCUCGCCUUCUGGCCUCUGUCUGCGCCCUGAUCCCUCUCAGCCGUAGUUCCUGCUUCUGAGGUCACCGUAGACCCUCAAGCCGGCCUGGCCCGGACCCCCUCUCCUCUCGCUGCAUUCACCCUCCCUAGGGGGCUGGGGGUGUAUCCCCACCCCCGUCCCUGCUGAUCUCAGGGACCACAGUGUCUCCCCCGGCCCGGGCCCACGGUGGAGGGAAGGGCUGGGAGGUGGUGCAGGCCAUCUCGGGCUGGCCCAGGUAGCAGCUGCGAACCUCCCCGCCGACCCUCCCCACCCCACGCAGCAUGUAUUGUCUUCAUCUCCAGCCACGUGGGUCCCCCAGGGCAACCACUGUGAGCCCCGGCUCUAAUCCCCGACCAGAAUCUUCCGGUAAUCGUGAGGCGGGCAGCCCUGCCCCUCCUUGGGUCUCGGUUUUGCUUGCAAUGGGACCGGCCCAGCCCCCUGCUCCCCCGCAACCCCAUCCAUCCUUGGCCCGGGGGAUCCCGGCCAUAGCGUCUUCUAGGGCGGCGGUGACCAUUGCACCCAGGGAAGCCAUCCGGUCCCUCCCUCCUCAUCCCGUCCCGCCACGCACCCCCUGCGGCAGUUGAGGGACUUCUUGCCUUAUUUGCUAAUAAUGGGAAAAGCAGGUUUCCUGAAGUAGCUCUUACUCUCCCUGUUGCUGGGCACAGGCCCUGACUUCAAACGGUGGGGAGGUAGAACCGGGGCCGCUGGCCGCUGCAGCCGUCCUGUCUGUACCAGCCGGGGGGUGGGGGAAAACUCAGAUCCCAGCAGACCCCAUCACUGUAGCAUCCGAUUGGGGCUUCACUUGAAGUGUACAUGAGAGAAUUAUAUUUACAAAAGGCUUUAUUCUCUUCAUAAAUAAAAAGCAACACCAGACUUCGCC